GAUGGACACCUCUUCUUGUUCUGGACGAUCUCCGUCUCCUACUGGGACUGUCUUCUUACCCCCUCCUAUCAUGUGGAACAGUCUAUACAAGCAGGCAGAGAUGGAGGUUCAGUUCCUGAGGGAAGAGAAGAAGACCUGUACAGAGAAGGAAGCCCACAUGCUUGAGUUGAGGGGGAAGGAUCGAACGAUCCGAAAUCAGAAGAAGGAGAUGGACAGACUUCAAGUGUGCCUCUGGGAGGAGGAAAAGAAGAAGAGGAAUGGUGGAACGGAGAAAAACGAGAUGAUUGAACAACUACAGUCUGAGACAGACCACCUCAGAGCCCUUUUGAAAGAUGAAAGGAGGAGAAGAAGAGUAGAAAGGGGUAUUAUGAAAGAGUGGAAGGCUGAGAUCCUGAGACUGAGGGAGGCAGAGAGCCACAGGGAGGUAGAGAGCCACAGGGAGGCAGAGAGCCACAGGGAGGCAGAGAGCCAGAGGGAGGCAGAGAGCCAGAGGGAGGCAGAGAGACAGAGAGAGGCAGAGAGAGCCACAGAAUGGGAGAACCAGAGAAAAAUGCAGGAAGUCAACAGACUCAAACAACUGCUGGAGCUGCUGAUGGUGGACCUACAACUGGCCCACGUAAGACAUGUCAUUGUUAUUAUUAAAAGGCAGUGUAUAUUCACCCGGAUGAAAAUGAAUGGCGGCAGUAUGCUAACCCAAUGUUAA